GAUUCCUGAAGAAUCGGGAACUAUCGGGUCUGUCGCAUCUCUAGCAGCAACAACAAAAAGCGUUCGCUCUAAAAUUUGAAUCGUUUGAAAAUCAAUUGGGGAAAAUGCAUUUAAUAUCCACUUCUAAAAAGACAGUGCUGUCGGAUUUCGCUGACUUGGAGACAAAGUCGGUGUUUGCGCACACAAGUGGAGAGCCCACGGAUUUCCAGUUCAAUGGCCAACGACGUGUUUUUGUGGAGGUGGAUAAGAUGGCGGGUUUGGCGGUGAUGCGGAUUAGGGAGAAGGAGGAGAAAGCUCCGGAGAUCCAGCGUGUCCGUAAGCUGACCAUCGACAAUGCCUACUGUGUGGCCUGUGCCAAGCAAACGCCCGACGAGAUCGCAGUGGGCCAGAGCGGAAGUGUGAAGCUCUAUAACUUCCGAACAGCUCAGUUGAUCCACAGAUUCCCUGCCGACCCGCAGCGCACAACAGUCCUAUACAUGGACUACAACUGCUCCGACGAGUACAUAGCCGCUGUUCGAGAAGGAGGAUCCAUCAAUAUAUUUGGUACCAAAACAAAACAAAAGAUGAACACGUUCACAGUGGAUAGCGAGUCCACCCUAGUGCGAUUCCAUCCCAGCAAGCGGUUCCAGCUCUCGAUCGCCUCGUACAAGGGAGCCGUUUACGUUUACGAUGUGCAGAGCAAGCGGAAGAUCUUUAACGCCGACGCACACACUGCCCCCUGCCGGGACAUCAGCAUGUGCGCCGCGUUGCCCAACCUGCUGGUCAGUGUGGGGUUCGACUGCAAGAUCAAUAUAUUCGACAUUCGAAAGAAUCGGGCGCAGGCGUCCACCGAUCGCCUAGGAUUCUCACAUCCGUUGUCCACUGUGGCUCUCAGCGAAUGCGGAACCUAUUUUUGUGCUGGUAACCUCAAGGGCGAGUUGAUAGCCUACGACAUGCGGAGCACCAAGGCUCCAUUGGCAGUGAAAAGCGUCCAUGAGGGGGCCGUGACUCGGGUGGCGUUUGUGCCCGUGCCAAGCGAAGAUAACGUUCAGAACGGCAGCCUGAAUAGCUCCGGGAAUAUGAUGGGAGUAGCACCUGAAAUGCCGCGUGUGGAGCGCGCCCAUAGCGACGAGUUGCGGAAAUCGAUUGCCGCCAACUUGCUGAGCACCCAGCAGCAGUUGAACAGCAUGGCCAGCUUGGGAUAUGGCGUUACUACUCCGGCUACCGUUCGUCCGCAACGAGACUCCUUUUGCGACUUUCUGGAUAACCAAGGACCCAGAGCAGUGGAUCGCAUGUCCACCCGCUUGGGCACUUCGCACCGGGAUAGCUUCGACUGGGACACCCUUAACCGUAAACCCAUGAAUGAAACCCUUCACCGUCAAAGCUUAGCAGGGGGAUCGGUUCUCAACUCGACGGACAACUCUGGCAACAACUCCACCGUGGAGUCACUUCAACAAACACUUAGCGGACCGCUCAAGGAUCGCAGCAACAUCUCCGCAGAGGUCAAGCUUAUGAAGAUCACGGAGACGGACGAGCACAUGGAGGAACAGUCGGCCAAUUGCUCCGUUGCGAGCAGCACAGGCACUGGCAGCGAUAAGGAGAAUCCUCCUCCGGCGGAUAUGGAACUGCAGCGCCGGCUGCGCAUGCUCCCAGCCAGCCGGAACAGCACUCCGCGCAUUGAAAAUAUAACGCCGCAAUCCUCUAAUCCGCUGCUAAAGCCCCAGCAGCUGCUAGCUAAGUCUUCGAGCGGAUUGUCCUCCCAAAUGGAGGGGGAUUGGCGAAAGGAGUUCAGCGAUCUUAAGGAGCAUGUGGACGAGGCGCGCACCUACCUGCAGCAGGAAAUGGCCUAUCUGUGCGACUGGAAUCGGAAGAACAUAAUCGAGCAGAUGGCCCAGCUAUCAAAGCGGCAUAUGGAUAACACGCAGGACAUCCGUGAUGCCCUGGACCUUCUUCUACGGGGCGACAGCUUCAUGCAGGAAUUCUGGCGCCUGCAGAACGAGAACGAAAUGCUGAAGGCCGAACUAAAGUAUUACAAGGAGCGCGAGAGAACCGAAUCCUGCGAAGAAUAAUUAUCAAAAGAUAAUGUACAAGGAUUCCGGUUUAUCGUUGGUUAAUUAGUAGACUGCGUGUCAAAAAUAUUUCAUUCGUCAUCGAGUUAGAGCAGGGCAUUUCCCCAAAUGGAGGGAGGACACUUAUUAGAGCCUCUUGUGUAGGGUAUUUGAAAUUAUUGGUUAUUGAAGAGCCUUGGAAGGAAAUAGUUUUAAAAUGCCCUCCGUAUUUUAAGGAAUUAUUUAUUUUGCUCUUCAGUGAUAAAAUUAUAUGUUGUUUAUAUGCCUUGUAAUAAUUGUUGUAACAUAAGUGGUUAAAAAUAUAAAAUCUCCUACUUUCUGUACUCUA